AUGGUUCCACCGAUACCCAAAAGAGGAAGAAGCAAUAAUAAUGAAGAUAUGAUUAGUGAAUUAUCUGAUUGCAUUAUCAUUCAUAUUUUAUCUUAUUUGGAUGCCAAAAUCGCUGUUCAAACUUGCCUUUUAUCUAAGAGAUGGGAAAAUCUCUGGAAAAAAAUUCCAUCACUUACAUUGGAUUCAACUCAAUUUUCCACUUCAUAUAAGCUAUCCACAUUCCUUUCUAGGUUUUCCGAUCUUCGUGAUGAUUCAAUUGCACUACGCACUCUUGAUUUUAAGCUUGUUACUCGUAGUAACGAGGACUGCCAGUCAAUCCUGUCUUCAAUGCCUUCGUUUCAAACACUAACGUCACUUAAGCUUGCUGUUAAUAUACGCCCUUGGGAUUCUCUCAAAGCAUUUUUUCCUGACUAUCUGAAAUUUCCUUCAUUGGUUAAUUUGGAACUAACUAAUUUGAUGUUUAGAGAUAGGGAAAAUGUCGGUUAUGUUGAGCCUUUUUCGGUCUUCAAAAAGUUGAAUAGUUUGAUCCUCCGUGGUUGUGCUACAAAGAAUAAUGCAAAGAUCCUUAUAUCAAGUUUGACGCUUAUCAAUUUAACUAUCGAUAAUAAUCUUCCCGGAUUUAGCUACAUUGAACUAUCUGCUCCACGUCUUUCUUCCAUUACUUUAACCGGUACUCCUGUUGCGAUACUAUGCGAGAGGAGUCUUGCUUUUGUUAAAGAACUAAAUUUUGAUACAAAUACAUCUCCUGUGCGUCGGACUCUAUUGAACUUGCUUCAACAAUUUCCUAAUAUAGAAUCAUUGACAGUCUCUGCAUGUGCUCUUAAGGUUGUCUCCCUUAAUCCUGAUUGGUGGAAGCAUAAGUUACUUUCCAUGCAUCACUUAAAGAAACUAAAAGUGAAAAUAGAACCAUCUAUUUCCUUUCCUAAUGGAAUUGUUGACAUCUUGCUGUUUAUGAUAGAAUUGAGAAUUUUGGGGUGUAUGUUGAAUUCUAGGUUUUUGGGUGAUUUGAGUGUAGAGAUUGCUGUUUUGAUGUUAGAAAUACGUUCUGAGUGCAUACAGUUUUCAGAUCUUCGCGAUGAUUCAACUGCACUGCACACUCUUGAUUUUAUGCUCAUUACUAGUAGGGAUAAGAAUCGCCAGUCAAUCCUGUCUUCUAUAUCUACGUUUCAGACACUAACAACACUUAAGCUUGCCGUUUAUACAAACCCUUGGAUUUAUCACAAAGCAUUCUUUCCAGACUAUCUGAAAUUUCCGACAUUGGUUAAUUUGGAACUAACUAAUUUCAUCUUUAGAGAUAGUGAAAAUGUCGGUUAUGUUGAGCCUUUUUCGUUCUUUAAUAAGUUGAAUAGUUUGAUCCUCCGUGGUUGUAGUGCAAUGAAAGCAAAGCCCCUUGCAUUAUCAAGUUUGUCACUUAUCAAUUUAAGUAUGAUUAAUGAUUUUCCUCGAUGUACUUACUUUGAGAUAUCUGCUCCAUCUCUUUCUUCCCUUACUUUAGCCGGUAUUCCUGUUAAGAUACUACGUGGGAGCAGUCUGGCUUUUGUUAAAGAACUAAAUUUUGGUACAACAUUUUGUGAACAUGUGUGA